AUGGCAGUUAAUUUAUCAGUAAAAGAACAAGAACAAUUCAUCAUGUCGCUUGCCGAUAUGUUUCAAGACAUUGAUGUGUCGACUGUAAAGGAUGUGUUGACUAGAAACAAGUUUAACAUCUCUGAUGCUACCGAUGACUUGCUCAACAUCUCGGACGCACAAACCAAGUCGCGUGAAGAGGAAAAGAAGAAAAAGGCACAGGAAGAAGAGGAACUGAAACUCAUUCAAAAGCAAAUCCAUCAACAACAGCAACAACAUCAAUCUGGAAUCGAUUCUCAUCCAUCAUCAGUUCCUCCUCCAUUUGUUACAAGUAAUCACCACAACAAUAACAAUAACAAUAGUAAUAUAGGGUAUCCUGAUAUAUUCCGUCCACAACCUCAAGUACCAACUGCACCACCUGCUGCUUCUGCUCCAUCGGUAUUUGAUGAUCCGGUCGCCAAACAUUAUUCAACUUAUAAUAAUAAUAAUAGUCAUAGUACACCUACUCCAACUGUUCCCGUUCCUAAACCAGCUCCAACUCAAUUUGAUAAUUAUUAUCAGAGAAUAUCACAACUUCAACAACAACAACAACAACAUCAACAUCAACAACAACAACAACAACCACAAUCGCCAUACUCCAACUUUUCGGCUCCACACCAACAAUAUCAGUCGUCACCAUACUCUGAUCCAUUUACAGUGAUUCCAAACCAAUCUUCUUCACCACCACAACAACAACAACAACAACCAUCACCAUACCAUAGACCACAAAUCUCUACAUUAUCACCAACUGUAUCUAAAUCACCAGCUGGUUAUAUUCAUAACUUCCCUCCUUUGACUCCCAUUUCAUCAACUCAACAACAAAGUACAUCUGUCAUUUAUCCAAAUGUACCAACUCAAUCACCAUUGAAUGAAGAUGAAUUUACUUCACUUUCAUCAACUUCUUCGAGUUCUGGAUUUGGAAAUAGACCUGUUGACGCUGCUUUCUAUACUCCACUCGAGAAAGCAAACAAGAGUAAUCCACCAUCAUUGUCAAACUCUGCAUCAGGCAUUGUUAACAAUCAACAACAACAACAACAAUCUCAAUCUCAUUUGGUUGAAGAGAAUGCUCAACAAGCUUCAGAAAUUGAAUCAUUAAAGAAAGAAUUGGAAUCAUUUAAAGCAUCACAAGAAUCAUUAUUGGAAGAGGUUGCAGAAAUGAGAAAAGAAUUACUUUCAACUUUUAAUGCCAAGGAAGAAGCUCAAGUAUCUUUGGAAAAAAGUGAGGCCAAAUACCAACAAUUGGAUGAAGAGUAUGCCGCUGCAAGAGAGGAACAUCGUACUCGUGAAUAUCAAUUUGGAAUCAGAUUGGGAAGAGAGAAAACAAAGUACUCGGAGUUACAACAAAAAUUCUUCUCAUCUAUUGAGCUUGCCACCAAGGAUUUUAGAAAUUUCAUUGAUCAACAAGAAGAUGAAGAUAGCAUGUUGGAAGAUGAAAAUAGUUUAUAA